UCGAGCCAUUAAACAGGAAAAGUUCUCUAUACGCUCAACUAAAAAACUCAGGCACAAUUUGUCUACAUAUAUCCAGGUGUGCCGCCCUCAGCAGGGAUUCAAGGUUAUAACAAAGAAGAAAAUGACACUGUACUUCGUAUUGCUGCUGUGUUUGCUUAGCGUCUCCGUAACCAAAGAAGAGAAAAUCUGCGAAAUUCGGCCUGAAGGGAAUUCAACAACUGUAGAAUCUCAAGGAAUUGAAUCUUGAACACAACAAAAUAAGCAGCAUUUUUCCAGGAGCUUUCAAAGGACUUCAUUCACUGAAACAUUUACACUUGAACUAUAAUCACAUCACGAAAAUUGAAAAGAACUCCUUUACCGGACUCAAGAAACUGACGGAGUUAUCUUUGGAGAACAAUGGCGUGAAAGACAUUGCUCCUGGUGCCUUGGAUGAGCUUAAUAUAAAUGUUUUGCACCUAAAAGAUAACAAACUUGAGGAGAUGCCUGUGUUUAGGAAGCCCUCACAAAUUGCCUACCUAGAUUUGUCUUCAAACCCAAUAACGAAGCUUGAUGCCAAAGCGCUGGGAAAACAUCAUGACCUUGAAGAACUACAUUUGCGUCAUACAGAGAUUACUACCCUCGAGAACAGAGUGUUUGUCAAUAACACCCGACUUCAUACCUUAUCGUUUAGGGCAGGAAAUCUGAAAGAAAUACGUCGGGAAGCUUUCAAAGGACCUCGGAUUACAAAGUUAAAUUUGCAAGACACUAAUAUCGAAUUUCUGCCAGGUGAUGGCCUUGAAUACUUAAAGCAUCUCAUAAUCAAAGGAGCAUUGAAGCUAUGGGAAAUACCGAUCGUCAGUUUUGAAGGGCUAACAUUGGCAAGUGUAGAAUACGCCUUUCACUGCUGUCUCAUUAAGACUAAAUAUGACUCGAGUAGCCUGAUCGCUACUCGAAAAAGUUUUACGUCAACUUCCGGCACUCCCAAACCGUGUAAUGUGACAGCUACUAGAACAACGACCACAGCACGCCCAACAACUACAAAUCCCUUCGAAAUAGUCGGACCAAAACGCAACAACACGGAAAUCCCAACUGAACCAUGCUACGAUGCAAACAAACCUCAUAACACUCCCCCCACAGAACAGACCGAUGUAGCGUUUAAUUGCUCUUCAGUGCAAAAAAAUGACAAAUUCAACCCGUGCGGCAAUUUGCUGGCCUCGACAGCGUUACGCGUUUGUUCCUGGGUUGUGUUGGUCUUAGCGCUGUUCGGGAACUCGUUCAAACUAUUUGUCCUGUUGCUGAGUAAACGCAAAAUCUCCAUCACCAAGAUACUGAUGUGUAACCUGGCUUUUGCAAACCUUUGCAUGGGUAUUUUUUUGUUAAUGAUCGUGAGCGCCGAUAUGUAUUCGUUGGGCGAAUACCAAAACUUCGCCAUGCGAUGGCAGUUCGUAACUGGAUGCAAAAUUGUCGGAUUUAUAUCGAUUUUCUCCACGGAGCUUUCCGUCUUUGUGUUGACGAUCAUCACUGUAGAGAGAUACUUCACCAUUGUCCAUCCUCUGAAGCUUAACAAACAUUUGAAUACGAAGCAGAUUAUUGUACUCAUAGGGGUGGGGUGGACGUUUUCUUUGACAAUGGCCACCCUGCCCCUGGUGGGGGUGAGUAGUUACCAAGAGGUGGCAAUAUGUCUUCCAUUCGAUGUGAAAAACACUCUGUCAAAAGCUUACGUAACGUUUGUCCUGGCAUCGAAUGGAAUGGCGUUUUUCUUUGUGUUAUUUUGUUACGGUAGGAUGUACUGCAGUCUCGGAGGAUCUGUGCCUGGCGCAUGCGUGAACCGAGUGGAGAGUCGUGUGGCACGACGAAUGGCGAUGCUUGUGAUUACAAACUUCGCAUGCUGGUUUCCGAUUGCGUUUGUCAGUCUUGUAGCUGUUUACGGAACAACUCUAAUAGAUUUGAAAACUGCGCAGUUUUUCUUGAUCUUUGUUUACCCAAUUAACUCCUUCACAAAUCCUUAUCUGUACGCCAUAGGUACGAAACACUUUCAGUUGGACGCACUAGAAAUAAUAAACCGUCUGGGUAUUUGUAAGUCAGCUGUAGAAAAAUUGCGUAACAAGUUACAGGAUCAACUCGAGACUUUACCGAACUCGUCCCGAGGGGUUAGCGGAAGUAAGAUUAGUCUCAGUUCUUCUCGGUCACCGCACCAUUCGCCUAGAGUAUCACCAAAAAGCAGUUUUCGUAGCGAGAACCGCCAUAGCUCUUAUAGAAGCCGCAACGGGAGUACGAGGAGUAACAAUAGCAAUUUCUGCUCCAAUUCAUCGAGAGAGAGCCAAUCUUGUUCAACGUGUAAUUUUUUAACCAUCCCAUUGAUUCAUAGAAAAAGCUUUGACCUGGACAGAGAUAAAGAGAUAGAAGACUCCAGGUCAAGUAUCAAUAUGAAGAACAAUGAAAUCAAAAUGACUUCCUCCCAGUCGCUAAGCUCCAAUUCUGAACUUGAUAAGGUUUCCGCGCGAAGACAGUCCGCCAAAGAAGUUGUUGUGGAUGGGCAGAUUGCCUGUUUGAAUGGAGCGGCGCGUAGGAGCAGAGAUAGCGAUGAAACAGAAGCGCUGAUGCCUCUCAAGUCUGAUACAGGCGAUGUUAAUAAAAACACAGAAGACACAAAGGACAGCCUAAACUUGCUGGUUCCAAUUGUCUUGGUGACAACCUGCUAGCAUUGUCUAUGAUAGUGAUACAGUUAAAGUUCAAUUCAGGGACGCUCUCAAGAAUAGAAAUAGAGUUCCCUUCAAAGAUAGGACCUUCUUUAUGUUUUCCAGUUGGGACUGAAGGCUGUAGAUGAUAGUGUAAUCCACGUUCCAAGGUUCUUCUCUUGCCAUCCCUGAGAACACCGUGGAGAUGCCGGUGGCACAAAUUCUCCACUUUCACUGAAUAUUCCAAACACUCAUUGGCAUAGAAAACAUUUAUAACAUCAGAAAAGAUUAUCCCGCGUUCUCUACCGUCGGCUGAAACGACUCCGAAAAACAAUUCUUUGGAAAAAUAGUUGUAGAGUAGAAAGUUUAAAUUCAUAAAAAUUUAAAAUAAACCCUCCAUUGCGGUGA